AAAAUUUUUAUUGCAUAAUAAUUCCAAAGCUUCUCUUUAAAUAAUAAAAAGGCGACAUAUCUUUUCCAAGUCUGUACCGCAGCCAAAAAAAUAUUAAUAAAAAAAGUGAUAUCAUCUCUUACCAAUAGGCAUCAGUAUAAAAACUAUGCAACCGCUCUACGAUAACGUGAUUUCUGAUCAGCCACUCAUGUCAAACACUAACUAUCAACAACAUAACUAUAGCAACUAUAGCAAUAACGUCACUACCUCAUCUGAUCAGCAACUCAAUAUUUCUUCACCUAAUAAUGGGAUUUUUGAUCAACAAUCCAUGUCGGACAACAACGUCACCGUUUCUGAUCAACAAUAUCAGCCUCUCAAUAUCGCUUCACCUAAUCAUAAUCAUCAGCAACAAUAUCAAUAUAUUCAUCAACCCGGCAUUCCUAACAACACUACUAUUACUCCUGAUAACAAUUAUCAACAACCCAUGUCCAACAAUAACGUUACUAUUUCUGCUGAUAAUAAUCAUCACGCUUCAAACAAUAUUCCUCAUAAUAACAAUCAGCAGCAAUCCAACGUUUCACCUCCGCAACAAAAUCAACCUAGUGAUUCAUCUCAAUCCAAUAUCCUUCCUCUGCUUAAUUCGUUUGGUAUUAAUAUUAGUUCUCCUCAGGCGACUAUUAUUAUUAUGCCUACGACUAAUUCGGAUAUUCAAAAUCAGCUUCAGCAAGUUCUUGCUUAUUUGAAUCGUUCUCAACAAUAAAUUCGUAAUAUUCAAUGAAUAGGAUUUUUCAUGUUACAUAAUAUCAUUCUUUAUCCUUU